UCUCUUUGAGUCCGUGAUCAUACUCGAGUCUGUUGGAGUUGUCGGUUCACGUCUUUCGGAACCCUUUCACCCCCAAUCUCCUCUGCGUCCGUUUUCAACUAUCCGUCUUCUCACUUUCAGAAUCAAACACAAGUCAACAGAUGAUGAAGUACGUCAGCAUCCUCGCCCUGUUGACGGCCAGCCUGGCGUCAUUCGCUGAUGCGGCGUGCCAGACUCGCACCACGGCUUGUUCUCCUUUGCAAGUCUGCAAGUCGAUGAGUGGCGCAGAAGUAUGUGGCACCACCGAAACAGUGAGCGGCACCGGCUGUACCUUGAAGAUCGUGUCUGGCGAGGACAACGGUGAAGUUACGUGCAACUGUUGCUCAUAGGAGAUGUUACGCCUCGGCCACGUUGUGCCUUCGUCGUUGUGCGCAGCCAGACCGGCUUCUGGGUAUACGCGCAUUAGGAAUCGAACCUGUUCAGUGACGGGAAUAAGCACUUCAUCCAUCACUUGGUCGGCUAUAUUGAACAUGAGUCUUCUCCACAUACAUCAAACUAUUAUAGUUUUAGUUCAACAAAGUGCUAUUUAUGCAUUGAUCUAUUCACAGCUGAUUAAAUUCGCUUGGCCAUACACAAAACAAAUGAACCGCUCCCACGCCCCUUCGCUAACGACAAAACACAAAACCU